AUGGCUUUGAAGAGAAAGGCCCCGUCUGACGGGGCGUCAAUUUCAAAACGACUUCAAAAGCAACAUGCUGAAGACAACAUUGGUGAGUCUAAUCUCCAGAUAACAGCCGAUAAAGCGAUAAAUCCGCUGACACCUUCAGACUUAGGCUCGGUAGACGAAUAUGUUCACUCCGACGAUGGCGGCGAUGCUGAGCACUCGGCUCGAGUCUCUCCCAGUGUAAUGAGCCAUGAAAUGCAAGACACCCCGGCAACGCCCAUGUCAACCACCUCUUCUCGGUACCCGUCAGAACUCAAGACCAUCCGCUGCCCAUUCGAGGGCUGUGAUAAAGCUUUCAACCGUCCGGCCCGACUCCAAGAGCACAUCCGAUCGCACAACAACGAAAGAAUAUUCAACUGUGAAUUCGAGGGCUGCGAGAAGUCGUUCUUACGACCUUCCCAUCUGGCACACCACGUCAAAAGCGCCCACAGCAAUAUCCGAGACUACCCUUGCGACCGACCUGGAUGUACAAAGAGUUUUGUGAAUGGGUCACGACUCCGUCGUCACUUGGCCGCCCACGAUGGCAGGGACCAGCACCGCUGCACCGAGUAUCCGCCUUGCAACGAAACAUUCCGCAAGCAUUCUACUCUGCAGAAGCAUAUUACAACUGUGCACAAAAACUUGAAACCCUUUCCGUGUACCAAGUUACACCCAGCUACAGGCGAAAAAUGUGAAAUGGCUUUUGACACCGCCGGUAAUCUACGUAACCACGAGAGUCGGGUCCAUUCCGAGAAACGGUUUACCUGCGUGGAGUGCGCUGAGAGUCACGCAGAACAGCAAUCUGGCAUCGGACAGCAAGACGACGAUGCCAGCCAAGACUUCUCGUUCCCUAGCUACGCUUCUCUUCAAGAUCACAUUCGCACCGUUCACCCUCCCCAGUGCCCCCAAUGCCCACUUGUGUGCUCUACAUCUCGUGAGCUGCGGCGCCAUCUUGAGGUAGCUCAUGGAGAUGUCAGCCUCGAGGACCGAAAAGUGUUCCCUUGCAAUUUCAACGGCUGCGGUCGCAGCUUCACCCGACUAGGAAACCUAAAUGUUCACAUCCGCACCGUUCACGAGGGCGAAAAACGAUUCGUCUGCGGUGAAGCAGACCUAUCCAGCUCCAAAAAAGUUGAAGGUUGGGACGGCAUUGGUUGUGGCAGCCGUUACGGCAGCAAGCUUGCACUGGAAGACCACAUCCGGACUCACCACAUGGGUCUCAAGAACCUCAAGUCGAUGCGGCGCGAGCGACUCGGCCUGGAAAGGAAGUCCCAGCAACAAAAUGGCUCUGUCACCACCCUGUCCGCUCUGACGGGUCAGGGUUACGUCGAAGACUCAGGAAGACAAAUCGCAUGCUUUUUAGAAACGUGCUCCCAUCGUUUCCAUCGCGACUAUGAUCUGUGGGUCCACAUGACUACCAAGCACGGACUCGAGCAAGAGAAUGUUGAGAAUCUUUUCCUGCAUCGGGCUUUAAUGGCCGACGACUCGGCUGCAGGCAACUCUCUCGGCAUGUAUGGUCUUGGGCUCGACCAGGAUGAGCAGUAUGGUCACCCACUAUACAAUCAAGGAGAUGGCUCCUCGGAUGUUGCUCAUGGAUCUCAGUCCAACGACUCGCUUCAUUUGCCCACUGCGCAGGGCCUGAACGCUGACUAUCUGAUGCAAGAUAUCCCGGAUGCGAGCGGCCCCGGGAACAUUGAUUCUAUGAUACCCAGCCAUGAUGGAAUGGCAUUCAUCGAUCCUGUUCUCUCUUACUCCAUGAACAUGGAAGAGUGA